AUGGACCAAGUGAACUCUCGUUUCAAGAAAUUUGGAUUCAACCGCAAAGGUUCUACAAAUAACGGCUCUACUCCUCCGCUGCAUCCUUCGGCCUCCCAGUCUUCCCUCAACCAACAACAACCAGCGCGGCAAACACCCCCUCCACAGCCAAACUCUCUCGGCCGGCCUCCUUCUUAUACCGGCGCCCCUCAAGGUCAGGCCCAAGGUCAGCAGCCUUCUGGACCUACCCCGCCAGCUCAGAAUCCUUUCCCUCCUCAAGGUCCUCCUCAACCUCAACAUCAGCAGCAACCUCCCCCUCCUCACGGUGGACAGCAGUCUCCUCCCGUAGGUCCUCCAAGUCAUCCUCCUCAGCAGCAGCCUAACGUCAGGCCUCCUCAUCCACAACAACAAGGCCCUCCUCAGCAAGGUCCUCCUCAGCAAGGUCCUCCUCAACAGGGUCCUCCACAGCAAGGUCCUCCUUUGAACGGUCCUCAGGGUAGAAACGGUUCUCCAAUGCCUCAGGGACAUCCAGGACAGCAGUAUGGCGGACACGGCCAGUUCCCACCUCCGAUAAAUACUGCUCAAUACGGUCGUCCUCCUCAAGGUCCUGGAGUUCCCUAUCCGGGACCAGGUGGUCAAGCUCCUCCUUAUGGUCAAGGCCAUCCUGGAGGUCCUGGUGGUCCUGGAUAUCCUCAAGGUGGUCCUGGAGGUCCACCUCCGUUCCAGCAGCAACAGCAACAGCCACAGCAUCCACCUCAGCACGGUCCAGCUCAUGCCGCUCACGAAGUUCCAGGCGCUGGCAGGAGUCAAUCACAGUUGAUUGUUGGCAUUGAUUUUGGAACAACAUUUUCCGGUGUCGCCUAUGCUUUCGUUGCACCUGGGCAGGAACCACAGGAGUCGAUUAUCGCCGAAUGGCCAGGUGCCGGCAACACCACCCGACAAAAGGUUCCUACCGUUUUAUAUUACGACCAAUACCAGAAGGUUGUUGGCUGGGGUCCGGAUAUUGGUGAUGCUCUAGCACCCACCGGGUAUCCCAAGCAGGGUGUCCAGAAGGUCGAAUGGUUCAAGCUCCAACUUAUGGUGUCGGGUAAUACCUACAUUGAUCCCAUUAACCUUCCACCACUGCCACCAGGAAAGUCGGAAAUCGAUGUUGCGGCCGACUACCUCUUCAAGCUCCGUCAGGCCAUGCGUGCGGCGCUGCAGAAGUCUCUCGGUGAAGUGUUCAACAGAGAGGAGCGAAACAUCAAAUACUUCUUGACCGUUCCAGCCAUUUGGAACGAUGCCGGCAAGGCUGCCACCAGACAAGCUGCCAUCCAGGCAGGUUUCUUGAGAGAUGCCAAUGACAACCGAUUAACGUUGAUCACGGAACCAGAAGCCGCCGCCAUGUUCUGUUCGAAGAUGGGUCUGUUGAAUCUUAAGAUCCACGAUGCCGUGCUCAUCGUCGAUUGCGGUGGUGGUACUGUCGAUUUGAUCGCUUAUGAGGUCGAAGAAGAGGUGCCUUUCUCCGUUGCCGAAUGUACUGCUGGUUCCGGUGACAGCUGCGGUAGUACCGCGUUGAAUCGUAACUUCUCGAAUAUUCUGCGAGCGAAGAUCCGAAAGAUGAAGCUGCCGGAUGGUUCCAAGACCGCUGGUAAGGUUUACGCUAAGUGCAUCAUGGAUUUCGAGAACAGAAUUAAAGCAGACUUCCGAAACAACGGACAGAAAUGGGCCGUCGACGUUGGUAUCGAGACAGAUUUCCCCGAUGCCGGUAUCGAGGAAGGUUACAUGACCUUCACCAACGAAGAGAUCCUGCAGUGCUUCGAGCCUGUAGUAAACCGAAUUUUGGAGUUGGUGAGGAAUCAGAUCAUUGCCAUCCAGGCACAGAACAGGCAACUGCAGAACGUUCUCGUGGUUGGUGGUUUCGGAGCCUCCGAGUAUCUCUUCCAGCAGAUCAAAUUGCACGUGCCCCCACAGUUCCAGAACAAGGUCGUCAGACCCAUGGACUCCGUGGCUGCUAUCGUCAAGGGAGCUGUUACCGCUGGUAUCACAGAACGUGUUGUCACAUCGCGUGUUGCACGUCGUCACUAUCUCAUGGCUACUCUGCAACCCUUUAAGGAAGGGCACCACCCAGAGGCUUACCGUGUACCAUCUCUCGAUGGUAAGGAUAGAUGCAAGUAUACACGACAAAUCUUUGUCACAAAGGGACAGAGAGUCAAGAUUGGCGAGCCUGUGAAGGUUUCUUUCUUCAGACAGGUUGCGCCAGGAGCGACUCUUAUGUACGAAGAUAUUCUGUAUGCUUGCGACGAUGACGUUUGCCCAGAGUAUACCAAGGACUCGCGUAUCAAGGAAGUUGUGACACUGACAUCGGAUCUCAGCCGCAAGAACCUGGAGAAGGACUUCGAGCGAAUGGAUACACCGCAGGGAACAUUCUACCGUGUCUACUUUGAUAUUUACCUAACUUUGGACGGGUCUGAAUUUAACGCAGAGCUUGUUUGCCAGGGCGAGGUUAUGGGCCGAUGCUCAGCCAAGUUCCGUUAA